AGAGAGAGAGAGAAAUGUUACUUCUAUACACCAGUGACCUCAUCCAACAGCCCUCAGCACCGAGCGUCACACAGUGACACGGGAGGGAAGGGCACCACCCGUCACAAGUCCUGCAAUGCCAGGCCCACUGGGCAGCUUGUGUCACCGCUGCGUGCUGCCGGGAAAUGGGGGUUGUCCCUGAGAAGAUGUGCUGGCCACUCAGAAGGCCCCACACAGCCUGCGCCCACUGCACGCCUGGUCUGGUCAGAGCGAGGCGCCAAAGGGAGCCGCGGUCUCAGCCGGACAUGCUGGGAGCUGGGGAGGACGGAGAAGCUUACGACAGACAUCAAAGACAUUACCGAGACCGAGGCCGAGCCCACUGGCGUCUGGGGCUGAAGAGUGGACGCCUGCUGCUCCCCAAGUUGGGGACCCAUGGCAAACAGCAAGCGCUGCCACUGUUCCCACAUCUGAUUGGUUCCCAGCAUCUUACGGUGCAGUCUUGGAUUAAUCCCUUUGAUGGUCUUUGGAUUGACAUAAAAGACACAGCAGGAGCAAGGGUGUCUGAAGACGGCAAUGGAGAAAACGCCCAUGCAGCUGCCCGCCCAGCGCAGGGCAUCAGAUUUCCAGACGCAGCUAGGAAAGACUUCAUCCAGGAGGAGCCCAGGAUGGGGGCCAGGGGUCACCUCCCAUGGUCCUUCUGUGCUGGGCCUUCUCUGUCCCCGCUCAGCUGCGGCGCUGGCGGCUCAAGACCCCGGCGGCCUCUGAAAGUGCUGGGCAGGGCAGGGCUGUGAGUGCCUCCCGGCUGAGGAGCAACCGCUGUCCGCGAAGGAGGAGGAGGCCCCUCUGCACCCUCCCUGAGCCCGAGCAGAGCCUGGGUGGUGGCCUGGGGCCUGUGCCUGGCUGGAGGUAGUGGGGAGCAGCUGUUUCUCCUGCUUCCCGAGCCUCUGACACGGGGCUCCUGCCGAGGCAGGGAGGUGGCCGGCGGCGCAGGCAGCCGCUGGAGAUUCAUUAUUAAUGACGCAGGAUGCAGAGCAGUCUGCCCCGCUUUCCCCCGAGGCUGCCCGGGGCGGGGUGGGUGAGGCCGGAUGGGGCAGAGCCUCCUCUGGGAGCAAGUGCCCAGUUCUCCUGGGCACAAGGAGAAGGCAGGUCUUAGGAACCGUGGAGAGAAGCCCACCCUAGCUUGCUGACGGUGAAAGGGACAGCCAGGGAAAGAAGCCCUGGAGUCUAGGGGAAGAAGGGACGGAGAAGUCCCACCCCUGGAGGAGGACUCGGCAGAGCCCACAAGUGCUUCUGAUUGCAUGGAGACUGAGUGAGGCAGGGAGCGGCCUUCACACCCACCUCCGUGUCAGAGGGGCUGCUGGGUGGGCUCUGGCCGCACCGACUCUGGGUCCCUUGGCCCUGCCAGGAGGGGCUGAGAACGAGCACAGGGCAGGGCCCAGUGACCACA